GAAGUCUAAUAGAAAAGGCUAUACUUGAAUAACCUCUUUCUGCUUUUGCAUCAAGAAUUACAGAGCUGAUGGGGUACGAUCCGGAGGAACUGAUCGGCCAUUCCGUCUACGAAUACUACCAUGCCAUGGACUCUGACCAUUUGACCAAAACGCAUCAUGACAUGUUUGCCAAAGGGCAGGUGACCACAGGGCAGUACCGAAUGCUCGCUAAGCGAGGAGGCUACGUGUGGGUCGAGACGCAGGCGACGGUUAUCUACAACACUAAGAAUUCGCAGCCGCAGUGCAUUGUGUGCGUGAACUACGUCUUGAGUGACGUCGUCCAAAAGGACCUAAUCUUUUCGCUCCAGCAAACGGAGUGCAUGUUGAAACCGGUGGACUCGCCCGAGAUGAAGAUGACCAAACUCCUGGGCAAGGAGACUCUCGAAGACAGCAACAGCCUCUUUGAGAAACUGAAGAAGGAGCCGGACGCGCUAAUCUACCUGGCUCCUGCCGCGGGGGACACCAUUAUCUCGCUAGAUUUCGGCACUGAUGACUCUGAUGAGCCCCAGCUUGAUGACGUUCCUUUGUAUAACGAUGUAAUGCUCCCUUCGUCCAGUGAGAGUACACAUUUGGCCCUGUCCCCACUCCCCGCUUCAGAAGCUCCAAAGCCACUGCGGAGCAAUGUGGACCCAGCGCUGAAUAGGGAAGUGGUGUCCAGGCUGGAGCCCAGCAUGGAGCCGCUGGAGCUGGCUUUCUCGAUCCGCCAGAAGCAAGAGCAUCCGGCCACUCCUUCUGACGGCAGCGCCAGCCAAAGCUCGCCCGAGGUUAGUCGCUGGAGAACCGGCGCCCGAUCCUGUGCUCUCCGACUAAACCGGUUGUUCGUCCUGUGAAUAAAAGAUUUUAUU